AUUUUUGAGUUAAAUCGUUGAGUUCAAUUAAGCUUGACCGUCGCCGCCGGAUCAUCCCUCUCUCUGAGCUCGGAAAGAUAUGAGAUCGCUACUCCACCCUCCUGAGCCCAUUCUCUCCUCCUCCCCCCUCAGCCACCUCUUCGUCGCCGUCCGCUUUUCGUCUUCCGUCACCAGCUUACGGUGCCGUUCACAGCCACCGGUGAUGGCUUCUUCAGCUGCAUCCGCCGCCCGCCUCAGCGAGCUCGAUGGAAGUCUAAAGCGCAAGGAGGAGAAGCUGUGGGGUGGGCGCUUUGAGGAGAGCGUGACCGAUGCGGUCGAGCGCUUUACCGAGUCCAUCUCCUUCGACAAGCAGCUCUACAAGCACGACAUCAUGGGUAGCAAAGCGCAUGCCGCCAUGCUCGCUCAUCAGGGAUUGAUCACUGCCAUGGACAGAGACCGCAUAUUGUCUGGUCUUGAUGAAAUUGAGAGAAGAAUUGAUGCGGGGAAAUUUGUUUGGAGAAUGGACAGGGAGGAUGUGCACAUGAAUAUAGAAGCAGCAUUGACUGAUUUGAUAGGCGAACCUGCAAAAAAACUUCAUACUGCUAGAAGUAGAAAUGAUCAAGUUGUGACUGAUCUUCGGUUGUGGUGCCGAGAAGCCAUUGAUAGAAUCAUUGCAAGGAUUGGACACCUUCAGGUUGCUUUGGUUAAGCUAGCCAUGAAAAAUGAAGGAUUGAUAGUCCCUGGAUAUACGCACCUGCAGAGAGCACAACCUGUUUUGCUUCAACAUCUUCUAUUGGCCUACGUUGAACAGCUUGAACGUGAUAUUGGUAGAUUAAACAACUGCAAGGAUCGAAUGAACUUCUGUCCACUUGGUGCUUGUGCUUUGGCUGGUACUGGGCUUCCAAUAGAUAGGUUCAUGACUUCAAAUACUUUGGGCUUUACAGCUCCAAUGAGGAAUAGCAUUGAUGCAGUUUCAGACAGAGAUUUUGUGCUGGAAUUCCUUUCUGCCAAUUCCAUCAUUGCCAUGCAUCUUUCAAGGCUCGGCGAAGAAUGGGUUUUGUGGGCGUCAGAAGAGUUUGGAUUCUUGACUCCCAGUGAUUCCGUUUCAACAGGAAGCAGCAUUAUGCCUCAAAAGAAAAAUCCAGAUCCAAUGGAGCUUGUUCGUGGAAAAUCUAGCAGGGUCAUUGGAAGCCUUGUUACUCUUUUGGUUCUAUGCAAAGGCCUCCCACAAGCCUACAACCGUGAUCUGCAAGAAGACAAAGAGCCGUUAUUUGACAGUGUGAAAACAAUUCUAGGAAUGCUAGAAGUUUCAGCUGAGUUUGCACUGAACAUUACUUUAAAUCAUGCAAAAAUAGCCAAGGCCCUUCCUGCUGGGUAUCUCGACGCUACAACCCUUGCUGAUUAUCUUGUAAAGAAGGGGGUGCCAUUUAGAACUUCGCAUGACAUUGUUGGAAGAUCUGUUGCUCUCUGCGUGUCAAGAAAUUGUCAGCUUUCUGGUCUGGCGCUUGAUGAUCUGAGAGGAAUAGAUCCUGUGUUUGAAGAAGAUGUUUAUGAAUAUUUGGGAGUUGAGAAUUCUAUAAACAAGUUUUCAUCGUACGGUUCAACUGGUUCAGACUGUGUGGCUGAGCAACUCCAUCACUGGAUUUCAAAGCUUCGGAUCAGUUGAAAGCCAUCUGAGCAACUCCAUUAAUGAAUUUCAGAGCUUCGGAUCAGUUGAUGAGCCCUGUAAGUUUAAGCAAUUUCAUGGUGUAGACAGUCAAUUGCAGAUCAAAACUUCUUCUUCUUUUUGUGGUGAAUGAUGUCAUGCAUUUAUCCAAGAACAUUGUUUGAGUUUGUUAAGUUUAGGGAAAUUUUAUAUUUAUUUGCCUGAGACAAAAGUCUUUUUAUGUCUACAUUUCGUUGCCAGGUCUUAAAUCUGGAUGAAAAAAGUUAAGGGUUGUGUUAAAUAAUCAAUAAUCGUCAUAAAAUUUAUCGAA